GCUCACAUUUACGACGCAUUAACUCGUUUUUACAUACAAAAAUAGUCUUUGGUUGAUACAUUAUGGGGGCAGCUUUUCGCCUUGUUUGCACGUGGACGGUUGCGGUAGUUUGUGUUGACCACGUUGCCAUGGUUACGACGUCGAAUUUGCGAAGAAGCGGUAUUGUAAAAGUUAGCGUGACAUUUUCCUAUGUCGUAUUUGUUCGCCGUGUACACUUCGUCGCGUUCACAAGAUACGAAGGGUGUUUAUUCAAAUUCCAAGGAGUAAAAUGCCAAUGCAAAAAGACACUGAACGUCUCAGCACCACCUCUACAAUGUCUUCCCCAGAGAAGGAGGAAAAUGUCCCUGACCUGCAGCUAAGUUUUGUCUUCGGGGACAGUGUUGGCAAACGACAGACUCCCCACAUUCUGCCUGAGGAUGCAUUAUGUCUGAGAAGAACUCAGCUGAAACAUGUUGCAGACAGUAUUUUGAAAAAUAGCACACUAAAGUAUUUAAAUCUUGAAGGCAACCAGAUAUCCAGUAUCCCAGAUUCAAUGUUUAUCAGCUUGCCCAACCUCCUGUGGCUGGACCUCAGAAACAACCAAAUCGCAUCGCUCCCUGCUGAAAUUGGCUUGCACAGAUCUCUGAAAACAAUACUUCUGGAAGGAAACCCCAUCUCAGAACUUCCACCAGAGUUGGGAAAUGUGAUUACCCUCAAAGGCCUGAACCUAAGGAAUUGCCCCAUCAGUUUCCCUCCAAAAGACAUUGUGAACCAGGGGCUCCAGAGGAUCCUCCAGUACCUCAGGAGUGCUAUGGCUAGUCGGCCCGUUAGCGUGAGAAGGAGUCCCACAGAGAUGCCAGUGGUGGAGAAGCUCCAGCUGUCAGAGCUGAUGGGGUCCAGUAUGGAGGAGCAGGAGGAUUCGGUGGACGAGCUGCAGAAGUUCACAGAGCUCAAACACAAGAUGAUCCUGUUGGACAGAGCCGAGCUGGGCUCAACACCACAGGGUGAACACCACAGAAACCCAAAGUCACGCCUUAUUCCUAUCAUACAAAAAAAAAAAGCAACUACCAAGGCUGGCAUUCCUGAGCUCCCCCUGUUUCACACUCAGUCUUGGAAGAGUCCAGAAGACAGGAAACAGGCUGCAAUGAAGGAGCUGAAGGAGAAACAGGCUGUUCUCGAGCAGAGAAAAAAAAGCCAAGACACUCUUCGGAGGUGGCGGACACAAGCCAAGACCACACAGGAGAAGAACAUGUCUGAGCACCAGCAGAGGAAGCCUGCAAAACAAAGAACCCAAGAGGAAGCGGAAAUAAAUUCAAACGCUGGUGUGGAGGAUGGCGGUGAUACUCGUCAGGGUCAGACAUCCACCAUGUCUAUCACAGAUUGUGAGGGGACCAGGUCAGCCCAUGAGCUGGAGCGCCAGAUACGUGCACGUGUUGAGAAGAUGCACGAGAGACGCAGGAAUCCCAAGGGCACGAGCACAGAGCAGAUGGCAGGGGCAGAGCAAGAUGUGGAGGAGAUAAGGAAGCUACAGGCUCGGCUUCUAGAGAGGAAGCGUAAUCGAAGAAGAGAGCUUGAAAAUACUUUUACUAUCUUCACAGGAGACACCUGGCUGAGUUUCAUUGACAAAUAACAGGAAUUACAAUGUCUGUUUGAGUUUUGUGGUAUUAAAUUCAUAUUAAAAAUUCUUGUAAAGGCCUUCAUGAAUGACUAUUGUAAUGCUCUUAUCCUAAAAUAAAAAUCACAGUACUGUUACUGGUCAA